AUGGCUGAUUUAUACUCCAUUAUUGUGCUAAUGGAACAUUUAGAAAAAGCAUUUAUUCGAGAUUCCAUAACAGCAGAAGAAUACACUCCACAGUGUGCUAAUCUGAUAGCAAAAUAUAAAACAACAAUGAAUUUUUUAUCAGAAUCUGUGGAUAGCUUAGAAGCAUUUAUGAACGAUUAUAAGUUAUCAUGUCCUGCUGCAGUUAAUCGAUUCAAUAUUGGUGUUCCAGCAACUUAUGAGCAUGCUAUUGGAGACAACAAAAAUGAUGUUGGGAAACAGGCAAAAUAUAUUGCAGAAAGUGUUUUGCAUUUCAUUACUUUGAUGGAUACACUGCGACUGAAUAGAUAUGCAGUCGACGAGUUGCAUCCUAUUUUGGCAGACUUAAUUCAAUCACUCAAUAAUGUACCUGGACUAACAGCGGAAUUUGAAGGAAAACAAAAAAUGGAUCAAGCACAUUCUGAAUUCCACAGGUUACUGAGCGGUGACCAUAAAGUGGAUACGACAUAA